AUGCCGAAGAGAGCAGUGACGACCGCGACCGGCACGCAGAUCAUGCGCCGGGCCAAGAUCGCGCAGCUGCAAGGAUCCAUCGACGAACUCGUCAAAGAGGCCGAACUCCUUUUAUCGAAGGAAGGAGGUCAAAGGGCCGACGAGUUGUCGCCAGAACACGUGGACUCGGAUCCAAAAAAGCUAAGUACACUUGUGGAUUGUAUUGUUGAAGAAUUGUACGCAUAUGAUGAGGCGUGUGAUGCAUUGGCCAGUGUUUUGGACUCGGAGACUCUGGAGGGUUCAGAUGAGGCUCUGCAAACGGAGAUCUGCGAUGUGGUUGCGUAUUCGGUACGCAUCAGAGGGUCAAUUGUUGAAUGCAAGCGAUCUCCGCAGUACAGAGCCCAGACGAACCGUCCAGAAGCUGCUACUACUAGUACUAGCUCACCAAGUAGCACCAAGAGUACGGGCAGUGCGGGUAUCAAACAAGAAACUAGUAUGGUUGAUUUGUCCAGCAUCCAACAGUCAAUAGGAGAUCUUGUUCGUACGCAGUCUAUUACACAUAGUCAACACCAGCAAGUAUUACAGUCGCAAGAGGAUCUAAUCAAACAACACCAACUAGUCGUACAACACAUGCAAGCAUCAUCACCUCAACCACAACCAGCUCCCACAAGUUCAGUCAAUUUGCCCAAAUUUGAAAUACCAACAUUUUCUGGUGAUUUCCUGAAAUGGGCUGAGUUUCACGAUAUGUUUGUUGCGUCUAUUGAUGCGAAUCAAGGGUUGUCGGGUGUCCAGAAACUGUCGUACCUAAGAGAUCACGUAACGGGUUUGGCUCGGGAUGCCAUAGCUGGCUUGCCCAUAUCAGAUACCAACUACACAACCGCGCUUGACAUUCUCCGCAAACGUUUCGGGAAUGAUCAGCUUCGCGUCAAUGCACACUACACGGCAAUCAUGGACUUACCGCCUGCGUCCAACGCUACUCCAUCUUUGCGUAGGUUGCACGAUGCGUUGGAGGUGCACUUGCGAAGCCUCACAGCGCUUGGUGAGAAUGUUAAUCAGGCGGUGUUUGUGUCAAUGAUUACGAACAAAUUGCCACGCACCACGCUAGCGGCUUUGGAAUUAAAAAAGGGGCCACAAUCCUGGACCGUUUCGGACUUGCGCGCUGCAGUAGCCAACUUCAUAAUAGCGAAUGAAGCAGCAGAUCGCCUCAGCCAGCCACCGAAAAAAUCGCACGAAUCACCAUCUGCCAGUGCGUCCGGUCAAUCUCUUGUUGCCUCAGCUUCAGCUACUUCAAAAGCGAAGCCCAAGAGAGUGUGUGUUUUUUGCAGUUCGGAGGCACAUUUCUCUGACGAAUGCAAUAAGUACACUACAGUAGAAGCGAGGAAGAGCGUAGCUAAACAAAGGUGUUUCAAGUGUUUGCGAUCAGGCCACUCCGUGCACGAUUGCUCUAGCAAACGGCGGUGUUUCUAUUGCCACAAUCCUGCACACCACAGCAGCUUGUGUCCAGAUAAAUUCACUGCCGCAUCCACUCAGAGGCAAGCUUCCACUAUGAGCCCGAAUGCUCAGUCCUUCAAACCCAAGCCUGCCACGAGCACGGUCGCAAACGCCGAUCACCAGAUCAUGAUGCAAACUGCUGUGGCACCGUUUCUCUCCUCCAAGCUGAAGCCGAUCAAUGGCCGUAUUCUCUUUGAUACCGGCUCCACCAAGACAUACAUCACGCAAGCUUAUCGAGAUCAGCUCGAUUUGCCCACAAUCGGAAAUGAAACACUCUCCUUGGCUACAUUUGGGAACAACAAAAGAAAAAGUACCGUGUACGCCAAGGUGAGUUUGACCAUGCAGUGUAAGGAUGGGUCCACUCGUGCGAUUCAGGCCAGUGUACUUCCGAACAUAACCGCUCCAAUUGCGCGAUGUCCACUUGCUUCUUCUUUUCCUCUUCUACAGUCUCUGCCACUUGCAGAACCGCUCUCCAGCAGCGCAGAGCCCAUGGUCGUAGACGUCUUGAUUGGUCUCGAUCACUAUUAUGAUAUUAUCGGCAAGGACCGCACCGAACUAAGCGGUGGUCUGGUCUUGCUCGACUCCGUUCUUGGUUUUAUCUGUACCGGCAGUCUGCCUGUGCCUGCCACCACAGAGGCGCAGUCAUGUCUUGCUCAUCAAACAGACACGGACCCUGAAUUCGACCUCCGUAAGUUCUGGUCGACAGAGAGCUUGGGUACUUUUGACGAUACGUCGUCGCAAGAUCUUGUGGGCGAGCGCUUCGCCAACUCCAUCUCCUUUGCCGAGGGUCGGUACGCGGUGAGUUGGCCCUGGAGGGACUCACAUCCUCCUCUUCCGACAAACUACGGUCUGGCUUUCGGUCGCCUGAAGGCACAAGUGCGUCGCCUCGAAGCCCAUCCGGAACUUCUUGACCAGUACGAUACCGUGAUUCAAGACCAGCUUGACAGGGGCAUGAUAGAAGAUGUUCCUCGUGGUUUUACAACCAACCAGAUUCACUACCUUCCACACCAUUCAGUACUCAAACCUACUGCUACUACCACGAAGCUGAGGGUAGUGUAUGAUGCGUCCGCAAAAUGUUCCGAAAAACUCGCCAGUCUCAACGACUGCUUGCACGCUGGCCCCAAUCUUGUUCCAGACCUUUGCGGUAUUCUUCUUCGUUUUCGUCUUUCUCCGGUAGCCAUAAGUGGAGACGUAGAAAAGGCCUUUCUGCAGAUUGGUCUGCACUCACAUGAUCGUGACGUGACCCGCUUCCUAUGGCUGCACGAUGCAUCCAGCUCAGCUACUCCAGACAACAUACGACAACUUCGUUUCUGUCGUGUUCCGUUUGGCGUUGUCAGCAGUCCAUAUCUCUUGGCUGCCACUAUUCAGCAUCAUCUUAGCGCUGCUGAUACAACAGAUUCCGACCUAGUGUCUCGCAAUAUUUACGUUGACAACCUGUUCCUUGGUGCCAACUCUGGGACGGAGGCGAUUGCUAUCUAUGAUGCCACGAAGCGCCUCUUCAGUGUUGCGUCUAUGAAUGUUCGCGAGUGGUCUAGUAAUUCUGCAGAGUUUCUUAGCAGCAUUCCAGAACCAGACCGAGCCAAGGGUACUAUCCACAAGUGCCUCGGUAUGCUGUGGGAUACAGAACAUGAUACUCUACAUAUUGCACCUGUCAGUGCCGUAUCCAAGUCGGCCACAACGAAGCGGAGUAUCCUUCGACAUACUGCCCAAUUCUUUGACCCCCUUGGUCUCCAGUCUCCUGUUCUUGUUGGUGCGAAGAUUCUGCUUCAGGAUCUUUGGAAGCUGAACGUCGGCUGGGACGACGACCUUCCACAAGACAUCAUUUGUAGAUGGUGUGAUAUUGCGGCUCAACUUGAACUUGCUGCAUCAACGAAAUGUCCACGAUUCAUCAGUGCACCACGUGCCAGCGACGCUCGGUUUUCUCUCCACGUCUUCAGCGACGCAUCUGGGCUGGCUUACGGUGCCGUUGCUUACCUUACUACUACGUUUGACGAUCAACACACGUCGAACCUUCUAAUCAGCAAGUCCCGUGUUGCACCUGUUGCUUCACCUACCAUUCCACGUCUGGAAUUAAUGGCCGCGCUUCUCGGUGUUCGUCUGAUCCAAUUCGUCCGUCGGGAACUUCCGCUCACUUUCUCCUCUACCUUUCUAUGGUCAGACUCCACCACAGUUCUCCAUUGGCUGGCCUCUUCUGACAAACUACCUGUCUUCGUCAACAACCGUAUUGAUGCCAUUCGUGCGGUUCCCGAUGUUGCCUAUCGCUAUGUCCGCUCUGCCGACAAUCCCGCCGACUUGCCUUCACGCGGUGUCUCUGUUCCUUCCCUUCAAGCCAGCUCGCUAUGGUGGCACGGUCCACACUUCCUUGCCACUGCUGACCAUCACGCCGAGCCAGCACUUGAUCACCAUGUCAACGUUGCCGCUGGGGAGGGUCCUUCAAGCACUUCGGAGAUACCUGCACCUGUAUCACACCCAACAGAGUCCACCGGUCCAGACACUGAGCUUGCACACGAAAUGAAAAAAAAGCCUGAUGCGCAUCACGAACAAAAAAAAACAUGUGAUGAACCACCAUUUGGUAUUGAUUGUGCCAGGUUUUCGUCUUUCAGUGCCUUAGUGCGUGUUUCUGCUCUGUGUUUGCGGUUUCUCUCCAGGUUGAGACCACAAGGCGGCAAGUCCUUCGGGGUGGAUUCUAGUUGUAACUCAGAGGUCAAGGUAGCCAAAAUCAUGUGGCUACACCAUGCACAACAGAAUCUGUCAGACGUCAGUGCUGUCGAAAAUUGUAAGAAGCACAGCCCGAAGGACAAGCUGCGGCUCUUCCUCGAUGAGAACCGCCUCAUCAGAUGCAGAGGACGCUUGGAGAACGCCGAACUUUGCUAUCAAGCAAAGUAUCCAGUACUGAUUCCCCAAACGCAUCCCAUCACCCAGCUCAUCAUCAACGAUUGUCACCUGAUGACGAUGCAUGGCGGCGUUGCACACACGCUAUCAAGACUGCGUUACGAGUACUGGUUACCACGAGGGCGUGCAACAGUGAAGUCAUUCAUCACUAAGUGCCUGACUUGCCGGAAGCACCACGGUGGUCCAUACCGCACCCCAGAUAUGGCCCCGCUUCCAUCUGCCCGCGCAACAAGAUCUAUCCCGUUCACCCAUGUGGGACUAGAUUACUUCGGUCCUCUGCUCGUCAAGCACCAGCCAAGUACCAAGAAGGUAUGGGUCCUCCUAGUGACAUGUAUGGCAACUAGAGCUGUCCAUCUAGAACUGGUGGCAGACAUGACCACAGAGGAAUUCCUGCUAGCGUUCCGCAGGUUCGUGUCGUUGCGUGGUUGCCCUGAAGAGGUAGUGUCUGACAACGCGCCACAAUUCAUCCUAGCUAAGUCUGUUCUGGAUGUGGCCUUUGAAGAAAUGGCAACGAGUGAUGAUGUCCUGUCGUACAUGUCGAGGACUGGUGUGAAGUGGCACUAUAACCCACCGAUCUCACCUUGGAUGGGUGGUUUCUACGAGCGUCUCGUUGGAACAGUCAAACGAAGCCUGAAGAAGGUCGUUGGCCGCGCGCUCCUCACUGUGUCGCAACUGACUACCAUUCUCAUGGAAGUGUCAGCAGUCGUCAACUCGCGUCCACUGGUGUACGUGGACAAUGACUUGCAGGAGAUACUCACCCCAAGUCAUUUUCUGUGCCUGUCCGCAACUACUGGUGGCGUGCAACCCACUGCUGAUGACGGCGAUCCGGACCACAUCGAAGUUCCGACUGCAGCUCAGAAUCUUCUCUCUGUCUGGAAGAAGGGUCAACGAACAUUGGACCAGUUCUGGCGUGUCUGGCGAGACGACUACUUGGCUGAUCUCCGCAACAGUCACACUCGGAAGCUCCGACAGGCACGCGUUACCGCUUCAGAACAGCCAGCCGUUGACGAUGUUGUACUAAUAAGGGAUGACAUGCCCCGUGGCUCAUGGCGACUUGGUCGCAUUGUCGCUCUCCAUACAAGCAAGGACAUGGAGAUACGUUCCGCAACCGUCAUCACUGCAGAGAAGACAGAGCUCAAACGACCCCUGUCUCUCCUGUACCCUAUCUGUCCUGCUGCUAACUCCGAGGCUAACAACAACAGCACCGCUCCGGACACACACACCACUGGCCAAGCCGAUCUGCCAGUUCCAGCAGCUGUUGCUCCACCCAGUCGUCCACAACGUGCUGCCGCUAAGAAGCAACGUCAGACGCUUCGCCAAUUAAUUGGCAGCGAACUUGUUUAG